GUUCAAAUCCAAACCCAGUAUUCAUUCUUCCAAUUAGUCAAACAAACAAACAAGAAUGGCAUCCGGAGGAAAGAACAACAUUGUUUUCGAAGACUUCUUUCCAUCUAUGAUGGAAAAGCUCGGUGCUGAAGGUUUCAUGGACGAACUCUGCAAAGGGUUCCGUUUACUAAUGGAUACCGACAAAGGAGCAAUAACAUUCGAUAGCUUGAAGAGGAAUGCAGAAUUGUUGGGUCUGAAUGGUUUGUCAGAUGAAGAACUUAGAUCAAUGAUGAAUGAAGGUGACAUGGAUGGAGAUGGAUGUUUGAACCAGAUGGAGUUUUGUGUUCUAAUGGUUAGGCUUAGCCCUGAACUUAUGACUGAGUCAAGAGGGUGGCUUCAAGAGGUCUCAAGGCGUGUCAAUGGCUAACUCUUCAUUUUCAAUACCAUCAAUGAGUACUCUGUUUUGCUCUGUUUCAGCCGUCGCCGGACGAUGAUGAUGAUGAUCUCAUUUUGUUUGCUUUCUAUAAAUCUGUCUUUAUAUAUGUUUUUGUUUCAUCUUAGAAUUCUAUAAUUAAGGUUAAGGUUAUUUUGGAUAUUAUGUUGUUUUACUACUACUACCACUCGUUGUUAAUCAAAUUAUUGGCAUUUUUUUUAUAUUAAUCCAAUUUGGUUUUAUUAUAUUA